AUGAUUGAAGGAACGUCAAAUAUCAAUGAAUUUAGUUUUCAAGAAAUACCUGUAGAAACUGUAGAGUUGGAUGAAAAUAUUUUAGUUGAUCAUGAUUUAUCGCAUAAUAUAGUUGAGAAACAAUCACUUGUUGAUGAAGAAAUAAAUGUGUUAAAACCUCCUGAAAUAAUAUUUAAUAAUCCACAAUCGUGGCCAACCAUAAAUGACAAGUUAAGAUGCAUACUUGUUCAACAUGGCCCAGAUCGUGGAAAAAUGGAACAUAAGCCUUUUAAAAACCAUUGGUUUUACAAAAAAUUACCUAAUGGAGAAAGUGUUGAAAGAUCAUGGAUGAUGUAUUCUCAACCAAAUGACGCGAUUUUUUGCUUUUGUUGUUUAUUAUUUGGUAAACAAUUUACUGCUUUAAGUGAUCCCAAAAGAGGUUUUUCGUGUUGGAAAAAAAUGGAGCGCUUAAAAGAACAUGAAGAUUCUCAAGACCACAUAAAACAUUUUUUAGAAUGGAAAAUGCUUGAAAAUAAAGUAAUGAAAGGAGGGGGUAUUGAUGACUCCUUACAGAAAGAAAUAAAAUCAGAACAAGAAAAAUGGCGACAUGUUUUGAAAAUAAUAUUAGAUGUGUUACUUUAUUGUGCAAAUAAUAAUCUAGCCUUAAGAGGAAAUUCUGAAGAAAUAGGUAAUCCAGCAGCGGGACAUUUUUUAAAUCUCAUUAGCUUAAUAAGUAAAUCUGAUUUAGUAUUAAGGCAACAUAUUGAAUCCCAUAAGAAAGGAUCUGUAUCUUAUUUUUCUCAUCACAUUCAAGAUGAAUUUAUUUAUUUAUUAUCUAAAAAGGUCAGAGAAAAAAUAAUAAAUCAAAUCAAGUCUGCAAAAUAUUUUACUAUUAUGUUCGAUUGCACACCUGAUGUUUCCAAAAGGGAACAAAUGAGUCAAGUUAUCCGAUAUGUACAUAUUUCUAAUGGGAAAGUUUGUAUAGAAGAAAGUUUUUUAGGAUUUAUUUUAUCACAUGAAAAAACUGGAGAAGGCUUAGCAAGUGAAAUAUUAACUCAGUUAUCUGAUGAUGAUUUAAAUAUACAAAACUGCAGAGGCCAAGCUUACGAUAAUGGAGCAAAUAUGGCAGGGAAAUAUAAAGGUGUGCAAGCAAAAAUUAUGGAAAAAAAUAGUUUAGCUACUUUCAUACCAUGUACUGCUCAUAGUUUAAAUUUGGCUGGUGUCAACGCUGCAUCAUCAAAUGUUCAAAUAAAAAACUUUUUUGGCAAGAUUCAACAAUUAUUCAAUUUUUUUUCGGGUUCACCUUCUCGUUGGGAAGAAUUGAAAUCAUUGAAACUCACACUUAAACCAUUUUCUGAUACAAGAUGGUCAAAAUUAAUUUCAAACGAAUUAAGCUGUUAA